AUGCAAUCAGACCCCUCUUCUUCCUCUCCCAAACGUUCCAUCUCCGAGGAUCCUGCACAAGAUUCUAUCCGAACCUCGCAGUUUCAAGAAAUGUCUGCUCUGUCCCUCUCUGAGUCUGGGCUCGAUCACGAAAUAGAUUCCUAUAUGGCUGAGCAAGGAGAAACCCCCGACCCAUCCAAUCAUGUCGCCUUCCUGACUCCCGCGCAAAAGCUCCAGGCCGUCGAGCCACUCUAUAAAUCUCCCAUGAAGAUCGGCGAAACGUGGUAUGUCGUGUCUCGACGAUGGUACAAACGUUGGCAUAAAGCGUGUUCCGGUGAAGUCGAUAAGGAGGGCCCAGUGGCAGAGAAGGAUCUGGGGCCCGUCGACAACUCACCUUUGGUGGAUGUCGCUGGAAAUCUCACAUCCCCUUCCAUGGUUGAACAUGUAGAUGUCGAGUUCGUUCCAGAGCAGGUAUGGAUGUUGUUCGUUGAAUGGUAUGGCGAACCGCCCUUUCCGCUGCCUCGGAAAGUCAUCGCUCGAGGAAUUAUAGAGGAACCUUCCCUAGAGCUCCAUCCCCCCCAAGUAAAAUUAUACGUCCUCACCCGCGCCACCCACACUGGCGUACCCGGUGUCACAAAUCCACCUUAUGGUGUCAGUAUUUCAAUCAAGGACACUCUGAAAUCCGUAUGCGAGAGCUUCUUCCAACGAUGCACAGAAUGCGCCUCAGGCACUAAGUCCUAUCGUGUAUGGAAGCUCGCUGACGGCGGCUCUUCUUGGGGCCAGUUGCAUGUCACCCCAGACAUGUUGAAACAGCGUGGCGCAACUCUGUUGGAGCCAACGCAGAGAACAGUUGAAGAAGAGAUGAUAGAAUCAGGCGACGCUUUCGUUGUUGAGUUCCGGGAGGAUGGCGAAUGGCUGGUCGACGCCGGGGAACUCUCGUCAGGGCAGACGAGCACCGCAUCCUCGUCCACCUCUCAAUCCACCUCUACAACGGGUAUUGGCACACUUUUUAACUCCGAGACCAACUUCUUCAACCAGAUACAGACGAAGACGCCAGCCUCGACGAUCGUAUCGAGUGGCAUCUCGUCAUCUUCUACUCUCAAGCCUGCUGUCUCUAUCAAGCCGGGGUUUUCUGCUGGUCGUCCCAAAGAUAUCAAUUUGGAACCUGGCAUCUUGGGGUUGGGAAACAUGGGCAACACUUGCUUCAUGAACUCUGCGCUGCAGUGUUUGGCACACUCGAAGGAGUUGACGGAUUAUUUUCUUACUGGAGUAUUUGAGGAGGAGCUAAACGUCGAUAAUCCUCUUGGCAUGCAGGGUGCGAUCGCUCAGGCUUAUGGCGCCCUUCUCCGUCGUAUAUGGACUCCAACAUCGAGCAAUACUUCCUACUCCCCACGCGAGUUUAAGCAAGCACUGCAGCGAUUCGCACCCCAGUUCAGCGGGUAUCAGCAGCAAGACUCUCAAGAGCUAGUUGCAUUCCUGCUGGAUGGGCUGCAUGAGGAUUUGAACCGUGUACUCAAGAAGCCGUAUGUUGAGAAGCCCGACUGGGAAGGCGGUGGGAACCUAGAGCUCGUCCGGUUGGCGAACGAGUCUUGGGACGGAUAUAUGAAGCGAAAUGACAGUGUCAUCGUUGAUCUCUUCCAAGGCCAAUAUCAAAGCACAUUGGUAUGCCCGGAGUGUGACAAGGUUUCCAUCACGUUCGACCCAUUCAUGUAUCUCACGUUACCUCUUCCAGUCCAGAAAAAGUGGAUGCAUACCGUGUUCUAUAUUCCAUGGGGUUUGGAUAAGCCGCACGUGAAGGUUCCAGUUGAAAUCAACAGGGACGCCUCAUUCAAAGACUUGCGACAAUUACUGGGCCGGUGGAUGUCUGCCAACCCUGAUCAUCUUCUUACCUUGGAGGUGUUCAGCCACCGCUUCUACAAGAACUUGGACGACACGGUCUUGUGCGGUGAUAUGGCGGAAAAUGACAUCAUCGUCUGUUUCGAGCUGCCUUGCCAUUCACAGCAGAGUCGGACAUACAAGCAUCGAUCUGACGACCCAUUCAUUGUUCCUGUAUUCCUCAACGAUUUUAUACCACGACAAAGUUUUGGCCGCAGCACCAGCUUGUUCGGUUAUCCUUUCAUUAUCGUUAUCGACCGCAAGCAAGCCACCAUGGUGGAUGAUAUGUACGAUGCAGUGGUGGAUCGUCUGCAACGCUGGACAACCAAUAUCCGUGACCUGUUCACAUGGGAAGCCGUAUCAGUUUCCGAGCAAGUGGAUAUCCCCAUCGCCGACUCCUUAGACGCUAUCGUGCACAUUCCUAUAACAGGUCCCCCAGACUCCAUCACAGAAAUCAAGGAGAAUGGGGAGGUAGUCACCGUAGAAGAAGUGGCACCGGAGGAGGGCGACAUUGCCGAUGAGAAGGAGGCGGUUGUGCGAGGGCAAGACCUUGAUGCUAUGGACACCGAUUCUGUCAAUGACAUCAACGAGGAACCUCGCAAAGUCGGUUUCAAGAAGGGUCUAUUCCGUCUACGGUUGCAGUCUGGAAAUUCUCCGUAUGGUGUCGGCUUUGGAUCUUUCGGAUUGACCGGUCAACGUUUCGACAGCUGGGAGCACCGCGAGUCAGUGGCAAGAAUGGAACCGGACGCCUCGUCACCUCCAGUACUCUUGCGCGAGGGCGAUAUGUUCUUUUGCGAGUUCGAUGAGAACAUGAAGGCCUAUUAUUUCGGAGAUGAGAAGAACCAUCCAUGGGAUACCUGGAAGGAGUUCAUCCAUCCCGAGUUCAGGGAGGCCGCGCAAGCCGCGGCAUUGAAAAAGAACAAGGGUAUUUCUCUCCAGGACUGUUUGGACGAGUUCACUCGGCAGGAGAAGCUGGGAGAGGACGAUUUGUGGUACUGCCCUCGUUGCAAGAAGCACCAACAGGCUACGAAGCGAUUCGAUUUGUGGAAGGUCCCCGAUAUGCUCGUCGUCCAUCUGAAGAGGUUCAGUAACAGUCGAACUCUGAGGGACAAAAUCGACACGUUCGUCGACUUCCCCAUUCAAGGGCUCGAUCUCUCGCAGAUGGUCGGUGAACGACAAGUCGCGAAAAAGCUAAUGGAGGAAGGCAUCGAUAUCUUAUCUCUUGGACUCCACGACUUGGAAGAGCCGUUGAUCUACGACUUGUAUGCAGUGGACGAACACCUCGGUGGCCUUGGAGGCGGUCACUAUCGUGCUUAUGCUUUGAACCAUCGCAACGGGCAGUGGUACCAUUUCGACGAUUCGUAUGUGACACCAUCUCGGGCAGAAGCUGCAGUGAACGCCAAUGCUUACCUCCUCUUCUAUAAGAGACGUACGUCUCGACCUCUUGGUGGUAAAAGCUACGCCAGGGUCGAGGCUGCGAAGAGCAAGCCGAAGUCCUUGGAAUCUGUCCAGCAAGAACAAUCUCAGUUGCCGACUCCUCCCGAUGAACCCAUUGUUAAGUCAGCUUUUGAGUCACAACCGCAGUUCGCAUCUCUCAAGAGAGCGGCGACCGAGCGAUUUACCUCAUUGCCGAUCAGGCGUCAGUAUGAGGAUGGAUGGCCCACGCCACAGUCUGAUUCACGAUCGUCGCCAGACUCUUCUCCACCACCACUCGAUGACGGCGAUCCCCCACCAUCCUUCGAGGAGUCGCAAUCACCAACCUCCCUUGAUGCCCUUGCACUCUCUGCACACCAGCUUGACUAUCCGGAUCCAUCAUCAAGAGGUUCGCCUACCUCGUCCAACGAAGCAGAACCGGACCUGGAGCUAGAGCUGGGCCAGGAGAACGAGAACAUGUCUUGGACUUCGGUGCUUUCGUCAGGGGGUGCCUUGCACGAUGUCCUGCAACUGACUAACGUUGCUUUACCUGGAGAGCCCUCUGACGUGAUUAUGAACAAUUACCUCCGGUCGGUUGACGACGAGCGCGAAGACACGCUGGAUUCUCCACGAGCAUCUUGGUCGUCGACGCGCAAGACAGCUGAUGGUGACCUUUCGGACAUUGACAUGUAG